GCGAUGGCUGGGCGCAGCCGGGCCGCUUGGCCGCCUGCCCUGGGUUAAAGGCGGCUCCCCUGCAGCGCCGCGAGUACCAGCUACUCCGCUCUGGCUGCCGAGCGGAGCGGCGGGCCACCAGCCGGAGCGCCCGGGGCCACCGAGCUGCCACUUCCCUGCGGGGGCUUGGAGUUGGGGAAGCCGAGCAGAUUUCUAACCAGCAUAAUGCUGGAGCAGGAGGCUGGCAGCCUGCAGUUUUCAAAAUGGCCGAGUUGGACGCUGAUUUGGAUCACAUCAUUCCAUCUUCUGUCCUUCCACCUUUCUGGGCGAAGUUAGUAGUGGGGUUUGUUUCCCUCGUGUGUUUCGCACGGAGCUAUGAUGGAGAUUUUGUCUUUGAUGACUCUGAAGCUAUUGUUAACAAUAAGGACCUCCGGGCUGAAACGCCCCUUGGGGACCUGUGGCAUCAUGACUUCUGGGGCAGUAGACUGAGCAGCAACACCAGCCACAAGUCCUACCGACCUCUCACCGUCCUGACUUUCAGGAUUAACUACUAUUUGUCGGAAGGCUUCCACCCUGUGAGUUUCCACGUGGUCAACAUCCUCCUACACGGUGGCAUCUCUGUCCUCAUGGUGGAUGUCUUCUCAGUGCUGUUUGGUGGCCUGCAGUACACCAGUAAAGGCCGGAGGUUGAACCUGGCCCCCAGGUCCUCCCUGCUGGCGGCACUGCUGUUUGCCGUGCAUCCGGUGCACACAGAAUGUGUUGCUGGUGUUGUCGGCCGUGCAGACCUCCUGGGGGCCCUGUUCUUUCUGUUAUCUUUCCUUGGCUACUGUAAAGCAUUUAGAGAAAGUAACAAGGAGGGAACGCAUUCUACCUUCUGGGUGUUGCUGAGUAUCCUCCUGGGAGCGGUGGCCAUGCUGUGCAAAGAGCAAGGGAUCACCGUGCUGGGGUUGAAUGCAGUCUUUGACAUCUUGGUGAUAGGCAAAUUAAAUGUUCUGGAAAUUGUCCAGAAGGUACUCCAUAAGGACAAGUCAUUAGAGAACAUCAGUGUGCUCAGGAAUGGAGGCCUCCUCUUCAGAAUAACCCUCCUGGCCUCGGGGGGAGCAGGGGUGCUCUUCGUGCGCUGGAGAAUCAUGGGCACUGGGCCACCGGCAUUCACCGAGGUGGACAACCCCGCCUCCUUUGCAGACAGCGCUUUGGUCAGGGCCAUAAACUAUAAUUACUACUAUUCAUUGAAUGCCUGGCUGCUGCUGUGCCCCUGGUGGCUGUGUUUUGAUUGGUCAAUGGGCUGCAUCCCCCUCAUUAAGUCGGUUGGUGACUGGAGGGUAAUUGCACUAGCAGCUCUCUGGAUCUGCCUAAUUGGCCUAAUACGCCAAGCCCUGUGCUCUGAAGACAGCCACAGGAGAAGGAUCCUUACGCUGGGCCUGGGAUUUCUCAUUAUCCCAUUUCUUCCUGCGAGUAACCUGUUCUUCCGAGUGGGCUUUGUGGUGGCAGAGCGAGUCCUCUACCUCCCCAGUGCUGGGUACUGCAUGCUGCUGACUUUUGGAUUCGGAGCUCUCAGUAAACAUACGAGGAAAAAGAAACUAAUCGCUGCUUUCGUACUGGGAAUUUUAUUCAUAAACAUGCUGAGAUGCGUGACUCGCAGCUGCGAGUGGCGGAGUGAAGAGCGGCUUUUUAGAAGCGCCCUGUCUGUGUGUCCUCUCAAUGCCAAGGUUCACUACAAUGUUGGCAAAAACCUGGCUGACAAAGGCAAUCAGACAGCCGCCAUCCGAUAUUACCGGGAAGCUGUGAGAUUAAAUCCCAAAUACGUCCACGCCAUGAAUAAUCUUGGAAACAUCUUAAAAGAAAGGAAUGAGCUGCGGGAAGCGGAGGAGCUGCUCUCUUUGGCUGUACAGAUACAGCCGGACUUUGCCGCCGCGUGGAUGAAUUUGGGCAUAGUGCAGAACAGCCUGAAACGGUUCGAAGCCGCGGAGCAGAGUUACCGGACAGCAAUCAAACACAGGAGGAAAUACCCGGAUUGUUACUACAACCUUGGGCGUCUGUAUGCAGAUCUAAAUCGUCAUGUGGAUGCAUUGAAUGCAUGGAGAAAUGCUACUGUGCUGAAACCAGAGCACAGUUUGGCCUGGAACAACAUGAUCAUACUCCUUGACAAUACAGGUAAUUUAGCCCAGGCUGAAGCGGUUGGCCGGGAGGCGCUGGAAUUGAUACCUAACGACCACUCUCUGAUGUUCUCGUUGGCGAACGUGCUGGGGAAGUCCCAGAAAUACAAGGAAUCUGAAGCUUUAUUCCUCAAAGCAAUUAAAGCUCAUCCAAAUGCUGCAAGUUACCAUGGCAAUCUGGCUGUGCUUUAUCAUCGCUGGGGACAUCUAGACUUGGCCAAAAAACACUACGAGAUCUCUCUGCAACUUGACCCCAGUGCCUCAGGAACUAAGGAGAAUUAUGGUCUCCUAAGGAGGAAGCUAGAGCAAAUGCAAAAAAAAGACGUCUGAUCUUUUUCCCUCAUUUUUUGAGUUUGUGCAUAUGUGCAUGAGGCAUAUCUUCAAUGUUACGUGGUUACAUUUAACCAUUUAAAAAUCUUGUUGUUUGUUUUAUUCCGUUUUUUUUUCCUAUGAAAACAAAGACGUGCAAAAAGAUUACAGCACCAGCAAUAUACCCUUCAAUGCUUGAUGUGGUUUUUGCAUUGAAAUUGUAUUUUUUCAGACAACUCUGUAAAUUCUAAAAUUCCAAGUAUGAGCUCUUUUUUAAUUAAAAAGAAAAAGAGAAAAAAAUUACCUUGAGCGACUUGAAUAGAAUUAAACCUGCAUUGGGGAUGUGAGCUGUGUUGUGUAGGGACUAGCGCUAUUAAACGUCGAUUGUAAAUAAGAAAUGCCAAACUGACUCCUACAAUUUAUAUAAAUAUCCACUGUGUCUGUAUAUUAGAAUUUUUAUUUAAUGACAAGAAAGAGUAAAUGAAGAUUUUUGGUUUUUUAAUCUUUUUUUAAAACAAAAUGAACUUCAUUUGUAGGGAAAUAUAUUUAUUAGUAUUUUUGUGUUUUGAACAGGGCAAAUAAUUGAAUGAAGAAUGGAAAUUUAUCAUCUAGUAUAUUUAUGUACUUUUUCCUCCAUAGGAGGAAAUUCAGUCCUGCAAUGUUUUUUGGAGUCUCCAACUUGUGCAGUUUUAUAAUACAGAAAAUUAUGUGGUAUUCUACAUAAACUGUCCCUAUUAAUAGAAAAUUCAAGCCAUGCUUUAGGCAAAGGCAGGCAGCCUGAUGUCUUUGUUACAUCCGCUGUUAAGAGGGCUACACAUGUAUGUAAGUUGCUUUUUUAUGUUUUUAGCUGUAAAGCAAUUUUCCAUUUGGCUUAAUGGAACUACAGUCAUUACUAUAUCCAGAAAACACAAGAAGUAAAUUUUCUCUCAAAAGGAGCCACAUUUGGGAAAUUUGUGGUACUUUUAAGAAUUGGAUUAUUUUUCCUGUUUUAUUUAAUCAGAAUAAUCAUGUUAAUUUGUUUUGCUUUAUCCUUCUAUGUAUGCUAUUGACCUAAUGAUUUAUGCAAUCUCUGUAAUUUCUUAUGCAGUAAAAUUAUUACACAAACUGAUAAAAAUAAGGCACAUCACCUUCUUAUUAGAUGACUUUCAAGUUAGUGAACUGUGUGUCAUCCUUUUCCUUACAUCGAAAUCAAAGUGACCAAUUCAUCUUUUCUAGUGUGUGGCUUCUAUUUGGUUUUAGGGACCAUUUAAUAGGAUUGCACUGCAGAGUUAUCCAGGUUCAGAGAACGGGGUGGAUAGAUCCCACACUGAGAUGAAUUUGAUUCUCUACACUCACUUUUUGGGGGGCAGAUCUGCAUAAACGUGUAAAUAAGUAAUUGUAGUUUAUGAUGGUUGACAUACAUCAGAAAAGAAAGUGCUGUGUUUCAGACAUUUCUUAAAUGGUCCCAAAAUGACAGUAACAAUUCAUAGAUCUCGUAGGGGCAGGAGCUGUCUCAUUCUUAUUUAUGCUCCUAUGGUGCUUAGCUUGGCAGAUAAUAGAUGUACUCUAUGUUUGUUGAUUUUUUUUAAAGCAAAUUUCUUUCUUUAAAACAGUACUUGUCUUUUCAGAGUAAAGAAAAAAUAUUUCUUGUGAAAGCUCCUUCAGGAUUCAUUUUUUUUCCUACUGAUAUUGAAAAUUUAGUGUCAAAUCAAGACGAGCAAAUCUGGGCCUCCUGCCUCCAGAAAGAGUCCCCUUGGCUUUCACCGCUCCAUCUCUCAGGAUUUCCAUUGCAGCUGUCUCCUUUCCAGAGAAAACAGUCAUUAAUUUGGUUGAUAUUUCAGAAAGUCUUUUAUCUCUGCAGAUUUUGGAAGUACACCACGCUGGCUCUCUUUUCUUCCUUCUUUUUCCAUCGGAAGGCGGCCACCCUCUUUAUUUCUUGGGUUUCCUUCCUAACAAGACUGAAGUGGAAGGCUGUCUCUCAGUUCCCCUCUUAUUUGGUAUCUUUUUAUUUUAAUGUUUUUUAUUGGUAAUCACAGUAGGGGGUAUGGUAGGGUAUGUCAAAACAAACAUGAGGGGAGUUGCCAGCUUGAGAACUCUGAGAGUCCUAAUCACCAUUCUUCACCUCUCUGAUAGAGAGCAUCACGAAACCCCAGAAGGCAGUUUGGGGUUGUUUUUGCUUGUUUGGUCAACAUAUGUUACUGCUACAUUUGUUCCCUGUUUAGAUGCAGUCGUACAUUUAUUUCUUAAAAAUUUCAUCCUGUAGACAUAGCCUACUCUGCCUUGACGGGGCUUUUUGGGGUUCUGAUUCUAUCACAUUUCUUAAGUAUGGUGGUCUUUACAGUUUAUUUCAAAUGACUGACUUAAAAUGUACAGAAUAGAAGACCAAGCCCCACAGCAAAGCAUUGGACAUCUAUGACCAUAUUCACAUCCAUCAGCAUGGACUUUGGGGUGAGAAAACCUAGAUUUGGAUCUUGGCUCUCACACUGUGACGUUAUAGGCAAGUCAUUUAGCAUUGCUUAAGCCCCAGUCUCUCAUCUGUAAAAUGGGGAUAAGAUCUCCCUCAUGGUAAUGAGGUGCUUGGCCCAGGAGACCCUCAAUAAAUGAUAAAUUGGAUUUGGGGAAGAGGGUGUAGAUUUUGCAGUGGACAGAUUUGGCCUUAAAUGCAUUCAUUCCCUCAUUCACUCAACAAAUAUUAAUUGCCUGACAUGGCCCCUUGCCCUCAUGCAGCCAACAGUGCAGUGAGAGAUAAUAAUUGUCAGAUGGUUGUAUAAUUAAUAACAGAAGAGGGAGACUGGAUCUAGCCUGAAGAAUCAGGAAAGGGAUACUCCGAGAAGGUGACUUCUGAACUGAGAUUUGAUAGGCAGAGAGGAAGAAGAUUGCUCUAGGCACUUUGUUCUCAACCAGGGGAGAUUUUGCUUCCCAGCGGACAGUUGGCAAUGCCUAGGGACAUCAGUUGCCACAAUUGAUGUGCAUCAGAGGAUGCUACUGUACAUUCACCAAUGCACAGAACAACCCCCCACAAAAAAAUUAUCUGGCUCAAAAGGUUAGCAGUGCCAAGGUUGAGAAAAACUGGACUGUGCACACAAAAGAAACAGCAUAUGCAAAGGCCCCGUGGUGAGAAAGCUAAAUUACUUGGUGAGCAGAUUCCAAGGAGGAGGGGGAGGGGCACUUGAUGGGGCUGGUAAAGGUGACUAGAGGCAGAAUAUGCCAGUGUUUACAGACCAAACGGUCUUUAUCUUACACCAUGGAAGGAUUGGGGAGUGACAUGAUCCGAUUUAUAUUUUGAAAAGAUCACUUUGACUGUUGGUGGGGAAGGAAUUGGAGGGAGGCAAAGAAGACAGGAGCAGAUCAGCAAAGAGACCGUUCUAUAUGUCCAGGGUGGAGAUGAAGGUGGCUUAGUGUAGCUGCGUGGCAGUGAAGUCGGAGAAAUGUGGACUAACUUGAGAAAUGUUUAGGGGUCAGUUGGUGAUGGAUAGGAGGUGGAUAGGUGAGGGAAUGAGAGCUGUCAAAGUUCUUCAUACAGUUAAGCAUAGAAAGGUAGAAGCCAUUGAGAGGGAGAGGCUGACUAUAAACUAGAGAGCAUGAGGGCCUUGAGAAGAAAGGAAAGGCUGGGACCCAAAAUCAGGUAGAGUUUAGCCCUAGAAAAGAGGAUAUAAAGCCUCUCUGUCUGUUACAAGGUCCAGAUGUGGACAGAUGUAGACAUAUCUGUACAAUUGGCCAAUCUCCAGUUGUGGUAUAGUCAAAUUACAAGAAUUUCAACCUUUUGAGCUUCAGUUUCUUCAUAUAAAAAAUGCAGGUAGGGUCUGGCCCGGUGGCGUAGUGGUUAAGUUCGUGCAUUCCAUUUUGGCGGCCCAGGGUUCGCAGGUUCGGAUCCCAGGUGCGGACCUACACACCGCUUACCAAGCCAUGCUGUGCAGGCGUCCCACAUAUAAAGUAGAGGAAGAUGGGCAUGGAGGUCAGCCCAGGGCCAAUCUUCCUCAGC